AUGGCUCCGCCCCCAGCGGUUGCAGAUGCACUAUGCUGCAACGCAAACACGGAUUCUCGCCCCAACUCUCCACAGCCAUUCCGCCGCCACCUGCAGCAUGUGAAGCCUGGCGGUGAUCGCACAACUCAGAGGCAGCCGCUCGAACAUCAAGCGCCCAGCAGCUCACACAAUACCGAUGAUCUCACGGAGUUGCAGCAAAUAUUUGCCGAAGCGGGCUCGAGGCCUGCCACAGCCGCCGAGAGAACGUUCGAUGAUGAUCAGAAUGACGAUAAGCCGAAGAAGAAUACGCUUUUGAAGCGCCUGACGCGGGAAUUGAGCAGGUCGAACCUCAGUCUGUCUAAUCUGAAGAAAGGAGCUGCAGCCAAAGAGAAGGCACAGAAAGAGCAACAGCCAGUCUCGUCCGGCAACAAGAAAGUCAAAAGCAAGAAGCCAAAGCCGAAAAGCAAGAUUGCCGGCGACGAUGUUGUCGAGAUGGACCCUUCCGAUACUGCGACACGAGAAAUCCUCCUUGAUCGCACGUAUGACUCCGAUGCCGCAAACUUGCCGGACAUCAAGGACAGUGUCGGCGAGCGGUUGCCGAAAGUGACGGAUCCCGAGAACGGUAAAGGAAAUGGGAAGAUAUCGCCUAUCAAGAACAAACGCAGCUCCGAUAGGAGAGGCGAAUUGAGCAGCAUUGACUGGGCUGGGAAGAGUGCCCGUGAUGAGCCGUACGGAUGGGGCGAACCAAGCAGCAGCGCACCCGCCCUGUCUGUCCACAUACCCAGAAGCCUCUCUGACUUAGGCGUGCUACCUUCAUGCAAUGUCAGUGUCGAAAGCCUGCCCCAGCUGUCCCAAGCCAGUGGUAGGAGCAGUCCCUGGAAAAAGUUCGCGGAGCAGCAUCUACGCAGACGCUCGAAGUCUGCAGAUAACCUGCGGCCUGUAACACCGGACCUCAAGGCUACAGAGCUGCCUAGCCUCACUUCAUCAUUCAACAGUAAAGGCUGGCGUCUAUCAGCAGACAGGAGUCCCGCACUCAAUCUUCCACUCAGCGAACCCAGGCACACGAUACACGAAGACAAGAAUCGGGAGGAAACGCAUGAUGAGACUAAGCUCAAUGAGACUCGACGCUUUGCCGACAAGGCCCCAUUUGCCUCGCCUCCAACCACGAGUAGCGGUACGGAUACCACCGACCGCACCGGCUCUGAAACCUUGCCAGAUGCGGAAUACGGCACUCUCAGCCUCAUCCCUGGCAACAACCGCCACGUCUCUGUCCAUGGCCCGCACAGCAAUCUGCCCGACCCCGAAAGCGUGAGCGUGCACCUGCACAACAUGCGAAUCUCCGAGCACUUGCGUUCCGACAGCACACUGUCGGGCAUCUCGCGCACGCCGACCGCCGAAGCCCAGCAAGACCAGAAGCCGCACCGACGCUCGGAAGCCAAGGACAGCGUCGCCAGCGGCGGCGAGCCAUGCAUGCCGCCGACUCUGCAUACGCAGCAGAGCGGCGGCACGGUGAGGCAGUCGCGGAAACUGCGCUGCUCGUCGUCGGGCUUCGCGAGCGAGCGCGUGCCCGACAGCUGGGGCAACGUCGUGUCGGCGACGCCGAGCAGCGUGUACGAGCCCAGCUCGGUGUACUCGACGCGCCAGAACAGCUUGACGAGCAGCAGCACCUGCACGCCUGUGGCGUCGCCGAAGGUGAAUUUCUCAGCCGCCCCUCACAGUGGCCAUGGGACUAUCGUCAGAAAGAGCGGGUACGAAGUCCUGAAUUUGGAUGACUUGGGACCGCUGAGGAUGGAGAGCGCGGAAGCCGACGAGAAAGGAAAGGCGAGUGUCAAGGAGAGCCCGGAACGGUUUUCGACCAUGCCGGGUGCCUUCCCGCCAUCGAGCUCGAUAAACCUGCUCAAAAGGGCGGACACGGGUUUGACGUUUAGGACUGCGAAUGAGAAGCCCGAGGCGAUCGAGAAGAUUCCUGGACCUACGGAGGGGAAGGGGAAACGGCCGGCAUACAAAUUGCAAGAUUCGUCAGACCAGACUACGACUGACGCAGGAGAAGAUACACUUCUGAAGUCGAACCAGCAGAGUUCUGAAGAGACAGCGGUAGGAGAAGAUGUACCUCUGAAGCAGAAUCAGCAGAGCUUUGAAGAGACGACCGAUAGCUCCUUGGACAUAACUCCUGUCACUGCGGUCGAGUCGCCCAUGUCGAGCGAGAAGACACCGAAAGCACAGCCUGUGUCGCCGGCUCCAGCGGCGCAGCUGAGCAGCGCCAAACACAAGAAGAAGCCGUCUAGCAUCAAGACGCCCAGUAUGAAGACGCCCAGCAAGAGGUUCUCGACUUUCUCGUUCUUCCGUAGCAAGACUUACUCGAAUCUGCGUCGUGCGUCGCACAGUCCUGCGCUGCGGCCCCGGAAGAUGUCGAGGUCUGAUGAGCAUCUGGCCCUUGAUGACUCUAAAGACAAAGCUGCCAAAGGAGCUCGUGGUUUUGAUCACCACACGGAUGGACCUUCUGACCUACGUACACCGAAGGAAUCCCACGAACAUCCACCUCGUCGAGAGCAACAUCAAUCUAUGAUGCCGGAAGCUGUCGAGGAACAUCGACCUGGCCGCCUUUCCCGUUCUUGGCUCAUUGGUGACGGUCGCAAAAGUCUCGGCCAGGAUGCAAUGUGGGAGAAAGCCCUGAAAAAGCACCGAGACGAGAAGAACGCGCUGUUUUUAUCGCCGGAGAAGGGGGGCAAAGUAGAGGCUCGGGGCUUGUAUCGAGAACGCAGCGGAAGUGGAAGCGCCCUCAGCACGCGAUCCCAGCUGAGCGACCGCAAGGGCAAGAGCCCCGCUUUUGGAGGUGAUUUCACGUUUGGUGGGACAGGACCAGGUCUUCAGAGGUCUCCGACGAUUUUGCUCGACCCGUUGGAGACGACAGGGUUUGGAGAAGGGUUGAUGAAGCAGAGACCAAGCAGUGGAAUGUUGGGCGAUGAACUCAGACUGAGCACAGCUUCCGGCUCUGUGACGCCGGCCAAUGGCAUCUCUCCUGGAGCCUCGACUGGGGAUGACCCUAGCGUCGUCUCGAUCGAGAAGGACGUGCACAUCGACAGCUGGGGAGGAACCACUCUGGCGGAAAUCGAGGCUAGCGAUCUCGGCGCCUGGAGUCGCUUCCCCAGCCACACCAGAGAGCUGCGUACGGGAGCUGCUGGUUCAUCUGAUGACGUGAGGACCCGGGACUUCGCAUAUGAGACCAACAUGCCAAGGGCCGAGAAUGAAAGUUCAACCGAGGAUGAGGAUCCUAGCAUGAGUGGGGCGAUACGGCUUACCAAACUCCGCUCUAUGAAAAGGACGAAGACGGACCGCAGUGGCAUGUCGAAGAGUAAGAGCAUGACUUUCAGCCGCAACUUCAGCUUUCUCAAGCACUAUAUUGGUCUGUUCAGGAGCCAGAGCGAGGAGUUCAGAAAAUACGGUCACGGACACCGCAGCUCUGUCGCUGAAAGUGCCACGCUGGAGCAUCCCGAGUUGGAGAUUCUGCCUCCAGUCUUCUCGCCGGUCCAAUUCGAGGUACCGCAAAGUCCACAAGGAGCACACACAGAUGGUGCAACCUCGAUAGCGGACCUCACCGCUGUCGAGGGCGACGCAAAGGCCACUGAUGAGGAGGCGAAGGCAAAAGAGAGCAAGGUUGACUUUAAGAUCCAGCGCAAUCGCCGCGAGGAGAGCACGACGGACAGCUCAGACGGAUCUUGGGCGGCCAAUGCUCGUGUCUUCACACGCGCCUACGGCAAUGACGCCGAUCGCGGGAACCGUGCCCGUCUCAAGAAGAAAGGCGACAGCUCAGCCGAGUGGCGGAGCAACGCGCGUACCUGGACCCGGUUCAGCACGCCGAGCCAGGACUUCCAGCAGGCCUUGGACGAUGCGGGACAGAGAUGCAUCAGCUCAUCCUCCCGUCUGGAGAGGCAGCUGGGAAACUUGACGGAGGAGAGCACGAUGUCAGCGUUGGAGAAGGUUGCCAUCGACCGUGGCCCGAUGGCGACGAGGCGGCCGCCGCGCGCGCAGCACAAUUCGUCGGAGGAGUGGCGUUCUGACGCCCGCCUCUUCUCGCAGAUGUAUGAGUCUUGCGUGCAGAUUCCGAGCUUCGGCGGCAGCUCCGAAGAUGCAAAUGCGAGCGAGUCGUCAGCUCAGAGACCAUUGCUGGCCCACAGGCACCACAAGUCGUCAUCAGCCAGCACAGCGUUCCGCCUUGCCAGUACGGGACAUUUGGAUGACAUGGUUGCACGGGCUGCCGCCGACGAAAGGGAGAAGGUCAAAUUUAGGAGAUUGUCAGAUGGCUAUGGCGAAAGUGCAGACAAGAAAGGAGAGAAGACUGCGAGGAAUGAUAGUUUUCUCAGUAUCGGAAGUGUGGAGGGUACCACGAGGGAGCUGACGAGGUACCUGCACGACUUGGAGGAAGGUGAGCAGAUCAAAUUGGAGGCAGAGAGGAUGGCAGGAGUCUGA